UUGUUUAACCCUUGCCUUGAAUUUCUCUCCGUAGGAGUAUGAAAAAGUACAGAGUCGAGUAAACCGUCAGUCAAGGCAAAGACUAGCCGAAGGGAAGGUUCGAAUGGUGGUGACAGCAGACGCACAGAUCGCAAAAAUUGAAGUUCUCGUAGAGCGAGCGCCGAUGGCAGCUGCUCUCAGUGGUGACGUCACGGGUAGAGUGCCACUGAAGGUUAAAAUGGGGGCGCAAGUUGGUAACAAGCAAUACCUGUCUGUGGAUCUCGAUUCAGUUUACAUGUCUGAUAAAGGCACGCCAGUUUACAAGCUUUCAACCGUGGACGCCGACAGACGAAACAGGUUUCGCUUGGUAGUCAGCUUGCUGUUCAUUGAUGGAGAUCGCAGUCAGUCGUUUGCAAGUCCAACGUUUCUGUUGCGAAGCCGAAGACCAGAGAGAAAAAAAUCAUAUUAGUUCUCCCGACGACCCAUGGAGAGAAUCACAAAAGUUACACGUGUCAGUAGUGACACCUUGUGUUCCAGUUCCCCCGUUGACUGAGCGCGCCUCAAGCAAGACGAACGGAAUCUGGGACAAAUCACGUGUUCCGAAUUACAUCAUAAGUUCCAGACCUCUUUAUGUAACGCAGAAGACAAUGAUCGAGAAACAGAUUCUUAUUUUUUUCUUAAUCCUGCUACACAACCCUAUCUAAAAUUAACUUCAUUUUCAAGUUACAGCAUGCCGUGGGGAGGAUCUGGGGCGAACCGCGUGUUCACGAAGACACCGGGGAUCCCUGAGCUCUCAACGGGCAGUGCCAUUUACAACUACCGUUGGACAUAGUAAAGGAAGUAGGCUACUAUUGCCUUGAAACAAAGGCUUAGGAGGUAGUUGUGUUUAAGCCCGGGCCAAAUGGAAACGAAAGUCGACAGGAGAAAAAAUUCUCGGUAUCGUUCGACCUGAAACUCAUAUCUAUAUCCUGACGAUUCUUAUAUACUCCCAUCAAAUUUGAACUUGAUCAAAUCUUCUCGAGACUCGUCGAACCCUCUCUCAAUUGACCCACGUUCACUGUAAGUUUCUGAAAACUCUUCAACGUGGAUCUCUGAGUAUUUUUAAGUCGUUCUUGUUUGGUCCGGACUUAACAAUUUCGUUAGUAAUUUAAUUUGCUACAAACAGUUGCUGAGGUGGUCCGUGCCAAUAAAAAUAAAUUUUAAAAUGAAUUUCGUUGAAAUAUUUAAGUUCAACAGGGAAACCGUGUUUGCAAAAGCAGUAAGCAAUUUUUUUUUGUCCGAGUUUUACCAGUUUCUAUUUAAGUAAUCCUUGAAGUAUUCAGAUCGAAAAUUGUGUGAAAUAAUGUGUAAGUGCAGUAUAGAAAAAUUUCAAUUCAGCAGUAUCUCUUUAUCUCAGUUUUAGUUAUUUCUUAGCCUGUCUGCAGAUGUUUGAUUUUCCUUUCAACGUCCCAAAAGUGAAUUAAGGUCUUUUUCGACUGGGUAAGAAGGAAGUUCUGCAGGCAGGCUGCUGGUCUCUUUAUUGUUACCGCAGGCUCAAAACGAAGACGAAGAAGUACCUCGGGUUACUAUCUGAAUAAAAUGCAUGAGUCUUUUUGUGUUCCUUUUUCCAGUUUUUAUUACCAAUGCUACAGACAUCGUCUAAAUCCAUCAGUUAACAUUAAAUAAGGCUCAGGUAUUCGAUAUUUAAAAUGAAUUUUGUAUUUUAAACUCGGGACUGAAGUUAGUUACUAUGUGCUGCAAAGAAUUUAUAAAUGCUAUUUAAUUCGAUAUUUCAAAUUGUAAAAUUUUUAAAAUUUCCCUGUUUGUAUUAUUAUAACUCUGUUUUAAAGUGUCACGUCUAUUUAUGAAAAUUGACAAUCAACGUCAAAAAUAAACGUUCAGAGUUUCAGAAAA